GCUUUUGGUGAAGGUUCUCGCAGAACUCGGAGCUCCGGGAACUUUUGUCGCUUCAAGCCUCGGAUCAUUUCCCGAUUCCAUCCCCAAAUUGCAUUGCUCUUUCGGUGCCUAAGCGCUACAACUGCCUCAGGUACUUGCAGAAAAUCUGUAUUUAACCAAGUUCGACUUAGGCCUCUUUGUCCAUUGAGUUUGGGAGGAAACUUCCUCGCCACCUUAAUAUAUCUAGUCAUCCUUGUACUCAUUCGGACAUGGCGACCUGUAUAUCGACAAAUCUUGCACCAUCAGUUGGUGGAAACCGUAAGGGAGUGCUAAAUUUAAUAGGAGGGAGAGUGUCGGUGGAGAAUCGGUGGUUUAAAGUGAAGUCCGAGAAGAUGAUUGGAACAAAGAAUAAUUUUCAGGAUGCCACCAUGAAGUCUGUUCAGCCUCAGAUAAUGUGUUCGACCAACUCUCACAGUGUUAGCCCAUAUCCUAGUAAAGACCCCUUUCUGAAUUUACACCCCGAAGUUGUCAUGCUUAGAGGGGAUAAAGGUGAGGGAAAUAACCCAGCAAACAAACAGAAUGAUGGUUUGGGUGGAAAUGUGGUGGAAAGCUUAAGAGACACAUCUAACCGAAGUAAUUACAGUGAAGCUAAGAUAAAGGUUAUAGGAGUCGGAGGUGGUGGGUCAAAUGCAGUCAAUCGCAUGAUAGAAAGUGCUAUGAAGGGCGUGGAGUUUUGGAUAGUUAACACGGAUACCCAAGCCAUGAGAAUGUCUCCUGUGUUUCCCGAGAAUCGCUUGCAGAUUGGUCAAGAGCUGACUAGAGGUCUUGGAGCAGGGGGGAACCCUGAAAUUGGCAUGAACGCUGCCAAAGAAAGCAAAGAAGCAAUAGAAGAGGCGCUUUAUGGCUCAGAUAUGGUCUUUGUCACGGCUGGAAUGGGUGGAGGAACUGGCACCGGUGGUGCUCCUAUAAUUGCAGGAGUAGCAAAAUCAAUGGGUAUAUUGACCGUUGGUAUUGUAACAACCCCAUUUUCUUUUGAAGGACGAAAGCGAACUGUUCAAGCCCAGGAAGGAAUAGCAUCUCUGAGAGACAAUGUGGACACUUUGAUUGUUAUUCCAAAUGACAAGUUAUUGACUGCAGUUUCGCCAUCAACCCCGGUGACGGAAGCAUUUAAUCUGGCUGAUGACAUUCUUAGGCAAGGCGUUCGUGGAAUCUCUGACAUAAUCACGAUACCAGGACUGGUCAAUGUUGAUUUUGCUGAUGUGCGGGCUAUAAUGGCUAAUGCAGGAUCUUCACUGAUGGGGAUAGGGACUGCAACAGGGAAGACAAGGGCAAGAGAUGCUGCAUUAAAUGCCAUCCAAUCUCCAUUACUUGAUAUUGGUAUUGAGAGGGCUACCGGAAUAGUUUGGAACAUAACUGGUGGAAGCGACCUGACCUUGUUUGAGGUAAAUGCUGCUGCAGAGGUCAUAUAUGACCUAGUGGAUCCAACUGCCAAUCUGAUAUUCGGAGCAGUGAUUGACCCAUCACUAUCUGGCCAGGUCAGCAUUACCUUAAUUGCAACCGGAUUCAAACGCCAAGAAGAAAGCGAAGGAAGGUCACUUCAGUCAGGCCAGAUACAAGGAGAUGGAUUAAACAGGCGGCCCUCUUCAUAUGGUGAAGGCACUUCAGUGGAGAUCCCCGAGUUCCUAAAGAAGAAGGGGCGUUCACGCUUUCCAAGAGCUUGACUAUCUUAUUUGGAUGUGUUUAUGAUACAGUAAAGAAGUUGCCUCCUGGGUGAUUUCUGCUUCUUACCUUUCUCUAGAGGUCUAAGUUUUGUAAAUCGUGUAUAGUUCUUACGUGACUUCAUGUUUUGUUUGAGGCAUAGCCAAGUGCGAAUGCAUUGGUAGUGUUUCCUUUCUAUACUUAUUAGAGUUGCUUUGUGUUCUAUCUGGAUGGCCAUUGGAAGAUAGUCUGGCGCAGCUUUCAGCUGUGUCACUUGUUUCAACUGCAUCCACACAUUUGAAAGUCUUAGGGUUGGCUACAGUUUGUCGCCUUAACUACUCGUCAGCAUUUUCAUCCAAGUGUUAGUUUCUUAUUGCUUUGGAUGAAAUUGUAAUAAAACUUUUAGUACUUUGAUGAUAUCGUAGAGAUGGUCAUUUGCCAUUGUGGGCUAUUGGCAUGUGAUAAAUGGUGUGGUGAUAAACUCUU